GAUAUUUUAAUGGAUAAGCGGCAAAAAUCAUUCAACCUUUCCGAACGGGAAAAUCAAAACACGUGUGCUGAAUUUAUAUAGCAACGGCCUUGUACCCUGAGGGGCAUGGAGGACGGUGCAAGUAAAAAAGAGGUGAAACCUCUGUUGCUGAAGCUGUUCAAAAAAUCUUGCAGUUAUCCCCGAGCGGAGGACGUGACCUACCAGAAAAUUAAAUCUCUCAUCGGAGACGAUCUGCGUAAAGUCCAGAUCGAGACAUGCUUCUAUGUCCAGUUUACAUCAGAGGAUGUGGAUUUGGAAACUUAUUCCAGACUUGUUUGGGUACUAAGCACCCCAUUCCUGGAAAAUGAUGUCACCAGAAAGAGUUCAUUUGAACAACCAGGGGGAAACACCUGCCUCAUAGAAAUUGGACCAAGAUUAAAUUUUUCUACUCCAUUCUCCACAAACACAGUGUCUAUCUGUAAAUCGGUGGGAAUUACUGACGUGACUAGAAUCGAAUUCUCCACACGUUAUCUCCUAACGUUUACGGAGGAUUUCCAGCUAGAUGGCGAGGAAGAACAGAAGGUUGUAGACAGUAUUCACGACAAAAUGACCCAGUGUCGUUAUUUAACCCCAGUGGAGACCUUUAACCUCGAGGUCAAGCCUGAGGAUGUUUAUGAAAUAGACGUUAUGGGGGAAGGCAGAGAGGCUUUAGAAAAAGCCAGUGAAAAGCAAGGGUUGGCUUUCGAUAACUGGGAUUUGGAUUAUUACACGGAGUUAUUUAGAGAGAAGAUAAAAAGAAACCCUACCAAUGUGGAGUGUUUUGAUCUGGCCCAGUCUAACAGUGAGCAUAGCCGUCACUGGUUUUUCCGCGGGCGAUUAGAGGUGGAUGGGAAGGAACAUCCUGAUUCCCUGUUCAAAAUGAUAAUGGAGACUCAGAAACAUUCAAACUCAAAUAAUGUCAUUAAAUUCUCAGAUAAUAGCAGUGCCAUUGAGGGGUUUGAGACGACAGUUCUGGUUCCUAGUGACCCUACAGCGCCGAGUGCCAUGUCAGAAUUAGAAAAUAUCAAAAGACAUGUUAUCUUCACAGCAGAGACUCAUAACUUCCCAACAGGAGUGGCUCCUUUUCCUGGGGCCACCACGGGGACAGGUGGCAGGAUCAGAGACGUCCAGUCUACAGGGCGGGGGGCACAUGUGGUGGCAGGCACCGCUGGAUACAGCUUUGGAAAUCUCAAAAUUCCUGGCUACAUCCAACCCUGGGAGGACCCAUCUUAUGUUUACCCAGGUAACUUUGCAUCACCUCUAAAUAUAGCCAUAGAGGCCAGUAACGGAGCCUCAGACUAUGGGAACAAGUUUGGAGAACCAGUACUGGCAGGAUUCGCUCGGUCCUUUGGUAUGACGGACGGAGGGGGAGAGAGGAGGGAGUAUAUCAAACCCAUCAUGUUCAGCGGGGGGAUUGGACAGAUGGAAGACAUCCAUGUUAAAAAGGAUGUACCUCAACCAGGGAUGUUGGUGACCAAAGUAGGUGGCCCCGUCUACAGAAUCGGUGUGGGGGGAGGGGCUGCCUCCUCUGUCCAGGUCCAGGGGGACAAUAAGGAGGAACUCGACUUCGGAGCUGUCCAGCGAGGGGAUCCAGAGAUGGAACAGAAACUGAACCGUGUCAUCAGGGGGUGUAUAGAGAGGAGGGAGAGGAACCCCAUAGCUAGUGUCCACGACCAGGGGGCAGGGGGAAACGGUAAUGUCCUGAAGGAGAUAGCUGAACCAGCAGGUGCUCUCAUUCAGGCCUCCAAGUUUCAGCUGGGCGACCCGACCCUCAGUGUCCUAGAGCUGUGGGGGGCCGAGUACCAGGAGAGUAACGCCCUCCUGAUCAGCCCCGGGGACCAGGGCCUGGUACAGAAGAUAGCAGACAGAGAGAGGUGUCCUGUCAACUUUGUGGGGACUAUCACCGGGGAUGGACGGAUUAAGUUGGAGGGUUUUAAGAAGGAAACAACAGAAGACAUAUCCACACCUUCAAAGAAGAGGAAAAAGACGAUAAACUUCCCUGUGGAUCUGGAUCUAGAACAUGUCCUGGGAUCCAUGCCCAGAAAGGUUUUCAAGCUUCAAAGGAUCACACCUAGCCCCAGUACAUUAUCCUUACCUGAGAAUCUCCGUGUCAGAGACAGUGUAGAGCGAGUCCUGAGGUUACCCUCUGUGGCCAGUAAGAGAUAUCUCACCAACAAGGUAGACAGGUGUGUGACAGGUCUGGUUGCCCAGCAACAGUGUGUUGGUCCUCUUCAUACACCUUUGGCAGAUGUUGGUGUGACAGCACUUAGUUACCUUGACAAGGUUGGUUCCUGUACUGCUAUAGGAGAACAGCCAAUCAAAGGCCUGAUAAGUCCAGCCUGUGGAGCUCGCCUGUCUGUAGCAGAGGCUCUCACAAACCUGGUGUUUGCUAAAGUCACAGGCAUCAAGGACAUUAAAUGUAGUGGAAACUGGAUGUGGCCUGCCAAACUUCCAGGAGAGGGUGCUGCUUUACUGGAGGCAUGCUCAGCCAUGUGUGAUAUCAUGAAGCAUCUUGGGAUAGCUGUGGAUGGUGGGAAAGAUUCACUGAGCAUGGCAGCCAGAGUGGGAGAUCAAACUGUUAAGGCACCAGGUACACUUGUGAUAUCUGCCUAUGCUGCCUGUCCAGAUAUUACACUGACCGUUACUCCUGAUCUCAAGUGUCCAGACAACAAAGGUUGCCUGCUAUUAGUGGAUCUAGGGGGUGGGAACCAUCGAAUGGGUGGCUCCGCCCUUGCUCAAUGUUACAAACAGCUGGGUGACCUCUGUCCUGAUCUGGAUCAGCCAGAUGUUUUCUGUAAAGCUUUCAAUGUCACACAAAAGUUAAUUGGAGAGAGGAAGAUAUCUGCUGGACAUGACGUGAGUGAUGGGGGACUUAUCACAGCCAUGAUGGAAAUGGCUUUUGCUGGAAACUGUGGAAUAGAUGUCAACCUGGAAUUCAUUCAGGAAGAAUUUAGUGCCAUAGAUGUGUUGUUCUCAGAAGAACUUGGGUUGAUCCUGGAAGUGCCAUUCAUUGAGAGUACAACUGUACUGGGAGAAUAUGCCGCACAGAAUGUACCCUGUUAUCUGAUUGGUCAUUCUUCAAAGAGCGGCAAGGACUCUUUGGUGAAUAUAUCCAUAAGAGGUCUGGAGGUAAUAAAAGAGAAAAUGACAGUGUUAAGAGAUAUCUGGGAAGAAACCAGUUUUCAGUUAGAAUUUCUUCAAGCCAAUCCCAAAUGUGUAACCCAGGAACAAACAGGACUGAAAGAGAGGCUAGAGCCUCCUUAUCAUGUGCCAUUUGAAUCUGAGAUUAUAUCCUUUUCCCAGAGAGGUAGACCAACAAGUCAACCCUUGCCAAAAGUAGCGGUUCUUAGAGAAGAGGGAAGUAACUCUGACCGAGAGAUGGCCGCCGUACUCCACAUGGCCGGUUUUGAGGUGUGGGAUGUUAACAUGGAGGACCUCUGCUCAGAACAAAUAAACUUGGACCAGUUUAGGGGACUAGUUUUUGUUGGAGGCUUUAGCUAUGCUGAUGUAUGUGGAUCUGCCAAAGGUUGGGCUGCUACUGCCCUGUUUAACCAAAGUGUGCGAGAACAGCUGUUAAAGUUUAAGGAGAGACCUGACACGUUUAGUCUGGGGGUCUGUAAUGGCUGUCAGCUGAUGGCACUGCUGGGCUGGGUCGCUCCCGACGAGGACCUCAAAGAAAACAGUAACAGUGGUGUUGGACAGGGCCUUUUUCUGGAUCACAACUUGUCUGAGAGAUUUGAGUGUCGCUUCAGUUCUGUACGGGUGAUGAAGAGUCCGGCCAUCAUGUUUAGAGGGAUGGAGGAUACAGUGUUUGGGAUGUGGAGCGCCCACGGGGAAGGGAGAAUGGUGUUCCGUUCGGAGGGGAUUUAUCAGGAUAUGUGUAGAGACAAUCUGAUAGCUGUGAAGUAUGUGGAUGAUCAGGGGAAGCCCACCGAGGUCUACCCUCUCAAUCCCAAUGGAUCCCGUAACGGGAUCGCCGCCAUUUGUUCAGAAGACGGCCGCCAUCUUGCCAUCAUGCCUCAUCCCGAGCGGUGCUUUCUGCCAUGGCAGUGUGCAUGGAUGCCACAGGAAAUGAGGAAGUUUGAUGUGUCACCAUGGUUUAAGAUGUUCCAGAAUGCUUUUGAUUGGUGCAGGACACAGUCCUAAGAGUCACUCACAUAGGAUGUUU